UGGAAAUCUAAAAAAGAAUCACUUUUCUUUAGCCUGCCAAAAAAAUACUAGUCUGGCCAAUCAAAAAUAGCCGGGCCAACCCAGUCGGCGUCAAACGCGCAUCGUCUCCCAUAUAUCUUCCUCCUCGAACAAUCCAUUCAUCCAUCCAUCCAAGAGAGAGACCAACGCAAUGUUUCCUCCGUCCUAAUUUCCCAAUCCUCCCCAAGAAAACUGAAAUACACAUAUUCUGAGGUUUAGCGAAAAAGAGGGCAAUCAAUUUAAUCCCAUACCCAUUUGGCUGUUUGUGUUUGUGCCCAUUCCAUUUCGUUCAACUCCCCACGUGGUCACUCAUCUCCAAAACUUCCCAACAAAAGCUGGAGAGAGGGAGAGAGAGAGAGAGAGAAACAAUGGAAACAACAGGUACUGCCGUUCAGUACAAGCGGAGCCUUAUCCAGAAGAUCCCUUCAACCUCCUCCUCGUUCCGCCUACGCUGCCCCAGUCUUAAUUCCGUUCGUCUCCGUCGAAUUUUCGAUGUCUUUGACAAGAACAAGGACUGUGUGAUUACCCCUGACGAGCUCAGCCAAGCCCUCAAUCUUCUCGGCCUGAAAGCCGAUCCAUCGGAGUUGAAUUCCAUAGUCAAGUCAUACAUCAAACCCGGCAAUGCCGGGCUUAGAUUCGAAGACUUCGAAGCCCUACACAAAUCAUUGAAUGACAUGUUCUUUGGUCUGGACGAUGACUUGGCGACGGUGGAAGAGCACGGUGCAGCUUGUGCUGAUCCACAGGCGAUGGAGGAGUCGGAUCUGUCAGAGGCUUUCAAGGUGUUCGACGAGGAUGGCGAUGGGUACAUAAGUGCGAGGGAGUUGCAAGUAGUGUUACAGAAGCUAGGAUUGCAGGAAGGGAGAGAGCUUGACAGAGUCGAGCUCAUGAUAUCUUCCGUUGACCUCAACCAGGAUGGCCGUGUGGAUUUCUUUGAGUUCAAGGAUAUGAUGCGUAGUGUCAUGGUCCGCAGUGCUUAGACCUUAGAUAUAUGUAAUCAAGUCUCUUUCUUUUGUAUUUCCCAUCAGCAGGAUCGUAUCAUAUGCCCGUUUCUUUUUCUUUUUUGUUUUGGUUUGAAACCUUGCUUUUGUGUCAAAUUUAUAAUAACAACUUUCCCCCGUAUGGGGUUUGUUCAUCUGCUAUCAUUGUUU